UUGCCACGGUCAUGGGAAGUGCGCGCGCUGUCAUUUGCCUACGCCGUUGAAAUUUCGUUUGAGUUGCACGUUUCAGCGUUCACGUUCCAGUGUGGAUUUAUAAAUAGGACUUUCAUAGUUGGAGAACGUGAGCUCGACGUCCAGAUUUAGAUAUUUUGGAACAGAACUCGCGCUAAUAAUAAGUGUGAUGUAGACAGUGUUUCGCCCGAUCUCGCCUUUCGCUCUCAGUAGAGUGCGGUCUACUGCGUUUUGUGUUGCACACCGAGUGUUCUAACUGUCCAGUGGUCACGAUGGGUGACAUAUCGGAGCCAAUAAAAAAAUGCGUGCUCAUCUUGAAGUCAGCGAAAAGUGACACGGAAAAGUUCGCCGCUUUGUUCAUGGUGACGAAGCUAGUCAAGGGCAAAGAUUGCAACACGGCAGCCAAGAAGGCUCUAUUCGAAGCGAUAGGAUUUAAGUUUCUGAAGAAGUUACUCACCGGGAACAACGUAGAAGAUGACUGUCCGCCGUCCGUGUACAAAUCCGUGGCCUUAUCUAUCCUCACAUGCUUCUGCAACGAGCCCGAGCUGGCCACCCAUCCCGAAAUGCUGGCCAACAUACCCGUGUUCCUUGAUAUUGUGCAAACCUCUGACAACGAAGACUAUGAUGAUAACCUGAUUAUCAUAAGUGAGGCAUACACUUGCCUACAAUGCAUAGCAGAGCAGGAGGCUGGGCAAAAAGCUCUGAUAGAAGUCGGCGCCAUCACAAAAAUGUCUGAAAUUUACUCUCAUCAAAGCUUUCAAACCGACGAAGCUCUUAAUAUCCUUGUUAAAUUAGUAAGCCGCUAUGGACCUACAGCGUGGGGGAAUGACCCAAAACCGUUCCACGCAUUAGUGAAUAAGAUUGCACUAGAUUUCGCCACCGACCAAUCUGAACGUAAAUUCGAAUUAGCUACUAUAUUAAGUGCAUUACUAUACAGCUGUAACAAAACUACGGUCAUCCCAGGAUCAGGAGAGGAAACAUGGCCGCUCAGUAUUUACAAAGCUUUAUAUGAUAUCUUGACUAGUAAAAUCGGUAAGAACCAAAGAGAUCCCGCAUUGAAACUAGCGGCUAAUAUAAUCGAGCUGCUUGGAGUUGAAUGGACUUUCAAUGAUGAAGAAAAUCCAAAGAAAUUCUUCCUUUUACUCCUACAGCUGUGCGCUAUUGAAGUUAGAAUGCAACUUGAAGACAGGAGCUUUAAACAGGCUUUUGCAAAUGCCGAGUUGAUAACAGCUUGCUUCAUUGUGCUUGAACUGUCAAUUAACUAUAUGGGACAGGACCAACUAGACUUAGAACAAAAAGAAAAACAGUCCGUAUACACAAGUCUCAAAGGAGCUUUCAAUGCUGUAGUAUCAAUACUAACCAAAGUAUCCAACGACAAGAACAGGGAUAAACUUCCUGAUGCAGAAAAAGUUUUCAUAUGUGCAAUGGUUCGAGUUUUAGUCGCAUGGAUCGCCCAAGAAACAACAGCGAUGAGGGAACAAAUAUACGCUUUACUUCCCUUUAUUUUUACGUUGGCAAAUGAUUCUUUCCAUGCUUACAGAGCAAGGAAAUUGACGGAGAAAAACAAAGGGGAAGGUGAACCUAUGGAUUUGGACACCCCAUUGAUGGGCCAAAUUGACUUGCUACGUUUAAUGCUACCAGCACUUUGCCAUUUAGUCGUAGAAGAUAAAGCCAGAGACAUUGUUAUGAAUCUUAAACAAGAAGACAUAUUAUAUGAAGCGAUGAACUUCCACUGGUCUAUUGUACAUUAUAAGAAGCCACCUAUCCCUAAAUCGGAGAGGGGAAAAGCUAGAACUCAACCCGAACCGGAGUUGGACCCAAAGGUUUUGGAAGAUAUGAAAGAUUCUAGAGCAGCUAUGGUCAGCCUGUGCAACAUAUUCAUGAACUUAACAGUUUUAGAACCAAAAAUAGUCGAGAACAGCAUGUUAUUCAACACACUACUAAAAUUCAUAUUUAACAAUCUGCCAGAAUUAAAAAAUAUACCUGAAAAUCUUGUGUUACAUGGCCAUUUGGCUGUACUUGGGUUACUGUUACUCAAACAGCAAGCGAGUAAAGUAAAGAAGAAUGACUUUUCUAUAUGCAGAUACAUUCAAUCGACUAUUAGAUUCCUUUGGGAUGCAUACAAUGUUGAUGAGUCAAAUGAUCCAAGCGCAUUAGUCGUUUCUAUGACUUAUAAAGAGCACUGGAGUGAGAUUGCUGAUCUAUGGUUCCUUGGAAUGCAAACGUUAAGUGGAGUAUUGACUACUAUACCGUGGAUAUCCGAGUUUGCCAUAGAAAGUGGCUGGGCACAUGGCAUUGCAGAAAUGUUGACAAAAGUCAAGGUUGGCACUUUACCGCCAAACGUUAAGUCAGCGUUCGAAGACUUCCUAUGUAGACUAGUAGAUUCAAAUGAAAGUGCCAUCCCUGUUCUUAAGAAAGGUGGAGCUUUAAAAAUGUGCCGAAACCACAGGUUAAUGGAUUUGGGAAAGAAACUAUUCGGCGAUUAAACAAAACUUAAUUUUUGUGGUUUUUUUUUUAUACUUUUGUAUUAAUAAGAAAUGUCUUUGUUUUAUUUCACUGAAAGUACUUAAAGUCAGUAUUUGUCAAAUGAUUACAAUUUUUUCAUGUAUCUGUAAAUAUUUCUUUAAUUUUUUAUAAGUUUUUAAAAUGUUGCUGUCUAAAAUACCUAUCAAUACUUAAUCUGUUGUAAAAUAUGAAAAAUUAUAAUAAAUGGUGUUGCAUGAA